AUGCAUGCAACCACCUCUCCGCUUUCUCAGCUAUUCAAGUUUUUAUGUUACUUAUCGCAAGCGGGUGUCCAUGGUAUCUUUGUCUAUGAUGGGGAAGAGCGCUCCCGAAUUAAGCGAGGCCGCCAGGUUAUCACGAGGGAACCGGGCUACUAUACACAAGCUAGAGUUCUGAUAGAGGCGUUUGGUUACUAUGCUCACACUGUAAGCUCUGGUGAAGCUGAUGCUGAACUAGCAGAGAUGUGCAAAAGGGGCCUUGUUGAUGCUGUUUUUACUAAGGAUAGCGAUCUUCUUCCCUUUGGCGCUCCUCGCAUCUUCCGACCCCUGCGCAUGUGA